AUGGUGGAGCCGGGCUCAGAAGCGUAUUGCACGCUUCUACUGAGCGAUGAGUACCUUCCUGGGGCAAUGGUGCUCGCCCACUCUCUCAGAGAUCAGGGCACAAAAAAGCAACUCGCAAUCCUCAUCACGUUAGACAGCAUAUCUGCGUCAACUAUCGAUGAGCUCAAGACGACAUUCGAUCACAUCAUACCCGUGGACCGCAUCAUCAAUAGGUCUCCAGGAAACCUUUAUCUGAUGGGCCGACCCGAUCUUUCUUCGACCUUUACGAAGAUUGCUCUAUGGAGACAGACUCAAUUUUCCCAUAUUGUCUACAUCGACGCAGAUGCUGUUGCUCUUCGAGCUCCGGAUGAAUUAUUUCGCCUUCCCCACAAUCUCGCUGCUGUGCCCGAUAUCGGCUGGCCUGACUGUUUCAACUCUGGGAUCCUCUCGCUCAAGCCCAACAUGGGUGAUUAUUAUGCACUUCUAGCCUUAGCUCAGAGGGGUAUCAGCUUCGAUGGCGCAGAUCAAGGUCUACUGAAUGUGCACUUCCCAAAUUGGGAAAGAUUGAGCUUCGCGUACAACUGCACCCCAAGUGGGAACUACCAAUAUGCUCCUGCUUACCGACAUUUUCAGAGUACUAUAAGCUUGGUACAUUACAUCGGUAUAGGAAAGCCGUGGAAAGAAGGCAGGGAUAGAAUGAGUGGGGCCAAUGGAGUGUACGAGGAGCUGCUGGGGCGGUGGUGGGCCGUCUACGAUAAGCAUUACAGGACCCAGCCAACAGCGUACGGAUCAAGCCAGCAAUUGAACAAAACGGUGCAGCAAUAUGUGUCUGGUGAAUUGGCUGAAGAUUAUGGCAUUGCAUCGAAAUUAGGAGGGAGAAGCUUUGAAAAUGCAACGAGCGGACAAAAGUCUAAGGAGGCUCUAGAGGAACAAAGACGGAGGUUCUCCACCGAAUGGGAUCCAUCACGGCAACCGCCGCCCACCAACUCCAGACCUGAAGCGCCCGAUUUGCCCCAAGAGAUAUAUCAAAUGUCCCGAAAUCCAAACCUCUUUCAAGCACCUAGCGUGCCAGAGACUCCACAAGGCCUGUACGAAUUCCCCAGGAGCCCUGCUGCAGCAGACCGCCCCCCUCCUAUCUUCCCCUGGGAGACUCGCGCACCGAAAGCCACUCGUGUCUUUGCAGAAGACCUGCCGUCCCCUUCAGCGCCACCAUCACUAUCAGCCCCGUCCGAAACCACAGGCUCAACAACUGAAUCCGACGCCCAAGGAUCAGAAACCCCCACAAUCACUGACACAACCUCCGAACCGCUUGCAGACUUCAAACUCGCCAAUGCUUGGGACGACAUCCCCGAAAUCAACCGCUACAUCUCUACCCUCCCUCAAAACCGCCGCGCAAAAGUCCAAGUCCUCUUCAACCAAGUCACGUCGGACCAACCCAAUCCCACCUCCGCACACCCAAACCCCGAUUCCAUCACCUCACCAACUUCGGAAUACCCUCCAGACCGCCGCCCCUCCAAAGUCACCGACUUUCCUACUGAGAUCGAACGUCCCUCCCUUCCCGUCACGCCUGCCCCUGUCCGACGGCCUUCUUUCUGGAACUCCGAGCGCAACGAAGCGGGAGAUCUCCCAGCCGCUGAAGGCGUCCCCGAACAGAGCAAUUGGGAUCCUGUGGCGAAACUUCUCGCCCUACGGGAGCGGCAGAGCGACGUCCUCCAGUCAGGAGAGGUGGGCGACGAGGCAGCAGAGAUACCAAAGCGAAAAAUGCCUGAGUCCAGCUCAGCGGUUCGGCCAGACGGGGAUAGGGUGUCUGAGCCGAGUGGGCAGAACGCUAAAGCUCUAUCAGGUGGCGAUGGGUCGGCUGCAGGUGAGAAGGAGGAUGUUGCUGCGGAGAAGUCUGAGGGCUCGACGCCAGUGCCUGUGACUACUGCAACGGGAGAGGCAGUUGCUGAAGGGACGUCGACGCCGGAUGCGUGA